AUGGCGACUGCAGUGACCACCAGGAGGCCGAGCGGCCCGGUGCUCUCGGCCGCGCACUACCGUUCCGCCUCGUCCACGCGCAUCUCGCUCGCCGGCGCUGGCGCCCGCGCGCGGCCGCCGGCCGGGCAGUCCGUCACCGUCAGCGUCUCGUCGUCGUCGCGGGGCCGGCGGACCUGCAUGUGCUCGCCGACCAACCACCCCGGCUCGUUCCGCUGCAGCCUGCACAAGGAGCGCGUCAAGCCGGCGUCGGCGGCCGGCCCCCACGGCUCGCACGGGCAUGGCAAGCCGAGCUCCCCGCCGUCGUCCGCGGCCUCCCCGACCACGAGCCGGCUGGGCGCGGGCGCGGGCAGGCGGAUGGGCAGCGCGCUGUUGCGGAUCGGCGCCGUGGAGGGCGGCGAGUGCGCGCGCCGCGCGCUCGCGGCCACCGCCCGCUCCUCCCCGCCGCGCAGCAGUCGCAGCACCGCCGCCGCGUCGGCGGCGCCCGGCCCCGCCCCAGCCGCCUCUCCGCCGUCUCCUUCGCCGGCGACCGCCCCGGCGACAACGGCCGCCACCAAUAGACCUUCGCCGACAUGCCAUCGUAGAACUAGCACUAGUAACAGUAUAGCACUAGUAGCAGUAGUCAAAAUAGGAGAAAGGAAUCCCUGGUGCUGUAACGCUGAGACUGAAAGAACAGAACAGUGGGAGCUUGGAGCGCUGGCAGUGGAUCAGGACUAG